GGUCAAAAUAACAUGCUAUUAUUUUUCAUUGCUUCUCUGUUUUGUCUAUGCAAAAUUCUGUUUUCUAUGUCACACAUAAUUUUUGAUUUCCUAGUUCUUGAAGAAUCUUUAGGGUUUUUCUAUUGUUUUUUAUGCGAUCAUAAUCAAGAGCUUAUAAUAAGAACAGUUUAAAUAUAUAAAGGAUUACCUAUCAGUAAAGAAUUUCGUUGAAUUUCUUGAUUUCCGUCUCCCCGUACUAUUAAUCGGCGGUUAUUUGAGUGUUUGGCACGUUUUUUUUUUAAUGGAAAAUAAUUUUCUAACGUAUGUGUUGGUGUGAUGACUAUUUUCCCUAAAAGUUAGUAUUAGAUAUUAACUAUCCAUAAUAUUAAAAAUUUUGGUAUUGUUCUGAUGAAACUUUUAGGUAUAAAUGUUGAUAGUAAGUGCAAGAAAAAUGACUUGAGAGUUGAGUCAUAAAUGAUCGGAAGUUAUUUCUCCCUUUUGAUGGAACCUGUUGGAAAAUAUCUUCGGAAGUUAUUUCUUUGUAUAUCUGAUGUUAGAUGUGACUACUAUUGCUGACGAGCAUAAUCUUUAAGAAUUGAUUUAGAUUGAUAAGUUUAUGGUUUUUGCUACUCGGAUUCUAUUUUGAUUUUGGUGUUCGUAACUUAUUCUUUAUGUAGAAAAAUGAUUUAGAUUGAUAAAUUUAUGGUUUUUGCUACUUGGAUUCUUAUAUUCUAUAAAACUUCAUUUUGAUUUUGGUGUUUGUAACAUUAUUCUUUAUUUAGAAGCUUUUCUUUUACAAAUCAAGAACUGUUAUAGUUUUAAGAUUAUCUUCUUGUAUUUUGUUGCGAUGUUACUUUACUUUUCUUCUUUGUUUUAUCCUUCCUUAGUUUGGCCAUUCCUUAAGUCUUUCACGGAUGAGUUACAGUCAACUUUGGCAAUAUGGGUCGUCUAAGUCGGACUAUCUACGUUGGAAAUCUUCCUGGUGAUAUUCGGGAGAGAGAAGUAGAAGAUUUGUUUUACAAGUAUGGUCCCAUUGUGGAAAUUGAUUUGAAAGUUCCACCUAGACCACCUGGUUAUGCGUUCGUAGAGUUUGAAGAUCCUCGUGAUGCUGAUGAUGCCAUUCGUGGGCGUGAUGGCUAUGACUUUGACGGGCAUCGCUUGCGAGUUGAACUUGCACAUGGUGGGCGAGGAUCAUCAUCAUAUGAUCGCCACAGUAGUUACAGUAGUGCGAGUCGCAGUGGACUUUCUAGGCGCUCUGACUAUCGCGUACUGGUCUCUGGACUACCGUCUUCUGCCUCAUGGCAAGACUUGAAGGAUCAUAUGCGACGAGCUGGAGAUGUCUGCUUCUCUCAAGUUUUCCGAGAUCGUGACGGUAUGAGAGGGAUUGUGGACUAUACCAACUAUGAUGAUAUGAGAUACGCGAUAAAGAAACUUGAUGACUCUCUGUUUCGCAAUCAAUUCUCUCGAGCAUAUAUUAGGGUGGACAAGUAUGAUAAGAGGCAUAGCUAUUCCAGGAGUCCAAGUCCAUACAAUUCUAGAAGCAGAAGUUACUCAAGAAGUAGGAGUCCUCGACGAAGCUACAGCAGCCAGAGCGGAAGUGUAUCUCCUAGGGGUAAAUACUCUCGUCGCUCUGUGUCUAUCUCACCCUCAAGGGCUUUUUCCCCUGCGCUCUCUCUUUCAAGAUCUCUAUCAAGAUCCAGAUCUCCACUUUCACCUCCGCCUCGUUGGAGGCAUAGGAGGAGCCCGAGCAGGAGCAGGAGUCAGUCGUAUUCUCGCUCUUCGGGGCUAUCGGAAUGAGACUUCUACAGAAACAAAGGGGAGAUUGUAGCCAAAAUAAAGCAUUAUGUAUGCAGACUUGCUGGAUGUGAAGGAACUGGCUUUUAGCGCAGUGUUUACUAUAGUUUAUCUUUUGAGUUGUUGUAACAUUUAAGGAUGGAGCUUUGGAUACUAGCUAGCUAGCUGCCCGUUUUAGAAACUUGUUCUAGUUUAAUCGCCAUGCUUGCUUCUUGAACUGUUUUAAGUAAAACUUGAGGAUGUAUAUCUGUUACAUAUGACCAGUGAUUGUCACUUGUUGACUGCUACAAGUGUGUCCACCUAUUAUCAAAUGUUUUUCCUUUAA